AUCUGGCAACAUCUCACGUUUUUACGUGACUCCGUGCAACGACGUGACCAACGGUCGAGUGGGGCGGGGCGCGUAAACACAAAUCUAAAUAAAGGAUCGUGCAGAAAUUUAUCCCAAAUUAUCUCACUUAUUUUCGACUGGGUAAAGGUCAACUCGUGUGAUGCCGAUUCGACGUGCAGCAACGACUCCGACCCAGGAGAAGUUUCCCUCAGCUGCAGCGGAGAAAGAGCCUGAUACCGCCACAGAGGAGACGCCUUCGGCCGAUGAGGAGCAUGCCGCCUCUUCUGCGGCCGCGGGCAAGGGAGAGAAGGGCGAAUCCUCAGGGGACGCCGAGCCCGAGCAGAACGGAGAGAAGAACGACGAAGAAGCAAAGAAGGAUGGAGACGACGCGGAGAAGGAUGAGAAAUGCAAGGACUGCGCCGCUGGACAGUGUGCAACACACUGCUAUGUUCUCCUACUAAGGUUGAAAGAUGGCUACAAGUCCAAGAAAAAAGCCAAGAAGGUGAAAAGGACAAUUCCUGCAUGGGCUAGCGUCACUACGAACAGAAAGAUCCCUGUUACCAACUUUGCAGGCACUCAGAACAAAGUGGACAAUAUGCUCAUCGAAGCUAUUAUGUCUUGCAAUGAAAAGUCAGGGCUUUCCUACCAGUCUGUCCUGAAAUAUAUUGUGAAAAAUAACCCCGGCGUGGAACUAAACAAGAAGAAAUUCUUCAUCAAGAAAGCACUGAAGAAACACUUGGAGAAAGGAACCAUCAAACAAGUCAAGGGUCAAGGCCUUAAAGGAACCUUUGCCAUCGGAAAGCAGCCUGUUGCGACUAAGAAAGCUCCAGUGGAGUCUCUGGGAGAUGCUCUGCCCCUCAUCAUCACUCGGCUCUGUGAGCCCAAAGAGGCAUCUUACAUUUUGAUCAAGAAGUAUGUGGAGCAGCACUUUCCCGGUCUCAACGUUGAAAACAGGCCAGACGUCCUAAAAGCGGCCUUGGUGAGGGCGGUGGAGAGGGGCCAGCUGGAGCAAAUCACUGGCAAAGGAGCCAGUGGAACGUUCCAGCUGAAGCGUGUUGGCAGCAAGGUGCUGAUGAAGGGCGGCGCCUUGGAGGAUGCCAUCACUGCUGCAAUCACAGCCAUGAAUGAACCUAAAACCUGCAGCACUACCACACUCCGCAAAUACCUAGUUGAUGCCAACAAGGACAAAAAGGAGUACCAGUUGGUGGCCCAUCUGAGAAGGACGCUGACAAAGUGUAAAGUCCUCGGCUGGAUGGAGCAGAUCACUGGUCACGGCUUCAAUGGGACGUACCGGCUCUCCUUCCCUUUCUAUCCGAGCCCCACCAUCCUCUAUCCGGAUAAAUUCAAAGAACCACAGAAGACAAAGGAAGUUAAACGGAGGCAGACAGUUGAUUCUGACGACGAAGAGUCUGAAGAGGAGGAGGAGGAGGAAGACGAAGAGUCUGAGGACGAGGCUCCUCCACCUAAAAAGAGACGUCCUCAACCCAAGUCGCAUCGUCCUCCGCCUGCAAAGAAAUCUAAAAGCAGAAGUUCAUCAAAAGCUAAAGCAAAAGGAUCUGCCCUCGCAAAAAAGUCUCCGGCAAAGAAAGUCGCACCUAAAGAUAAGAAACCUGCAGCCAAGGCAAAGAAACAAGUGUCCAAGGAGGAAUCGCCUCCGCCACCGCCACCUAAAACCACACCGGUAAAGAGGGGAUCUCCUGCAAAAAAGCCCAAAACGCCAGCUGUUAAAAAGCUGACCAAAAGGGGGUCUAAGCGGGGCACAGCCAAAGACUCGUCCUCUGAGGAGCCCGCCCCUGAAAGGGAAAUGACCAGAAGUGCAUCCAAGCGGCAGAAGGCUGAGGAGUCUUCCCCAGAGGAGCCGGCAGCUAAACGGAAGGUGCCCAAAGGCGGAUCCAAGAAACCAGAGCCUGAAGAGUCCCCGCCCAGAGAGUCCGAAGAGUCCUCAACUGAGGAGCCUGUGAGCAAACGGGGGGCAAAAGGCAGCAAGAAGGCCACUCGUAAAACCAAGAGAGGAAAAAUCUGAGCUGAGGAGCGCAGCAAUCCGCUGCUUUGUUACAGUUGUCUCUUUCUUAUUGUUUUUGCCUUUAAAAAGAAAAAAAAAGGAUGGGCCGUUGUAGGUUUUAUUUUAUAUUCUAGAAUAGCAACAUUAUCCUACAAGGUAAGUUCACUGUACGUUGAGAUCUGAAAUUGAUUACGUCUGUUUAAUUGUGUAGAAAAGCUGAGUUAUUGUGGCGGUAAAGUUUGAGUGAGAACCGUCAGGCUGUGUCUAGAGCCGUGUAGUGAUUUUGUUUUUAUAACUCUUCCUCAUCCACUCCUCAGAUGUUGGCAGCGCACAUUCCUAAUGUCAAGUCCAACAAUAUCAGUGUUCUGGAGGAGAAAGACCGAUUAAAAAAAAGUGGGCUUUAAGUGUAAAAACUAUUUUAAUCCAUUAUCCUGUGUGUCCUGCAACAAAUUACUAUUUUGGCCAAACAGUAUGUUGUCAUCAGUCAUCUACAUCUGUUUAUAGUUGAUAGUGUUUCCAUCUUUAAAUUUUAUUUUUCUUUUUGAGAAAUGAUUACGGUAGCUUCUUAAAAAGGUGACAUCCUCAGGUGAUGAUUUGAGGGGUGAAGAGAACAAAAACACCACUUCAGAACAAGAUGCAUUGGGAGUUUUUAUAUAUAUGUUUUUGCUUUUCUUUUCCCCCGUGUGUGCAAAACGAAUUUAUUUUAUGGCUUCACUUACAGAACUGUGUGAAAUGUGUAUCGUGAAUAAGGAGGAUAAUAGCCCAUACACACCCUGCAUGCUUGUAUUUCUUGUGUUGUUCAGUUUUUUUUUCCAAGUCAUGAAUAAAAUGACUAUAUUUCUAAUCUCUUGCAGUUAAAUAUAUUUUUGUUUUUCUAUUCGGCAAUGGACAGAUGCACUGUAACAAUGUUUCUAAAUAAAAUGGUCCUGAUUCUUCCA